GUUCUUUGUUGACGUUUAUGACGCAGUGAGUCACGUGACAGGCCCGGACCUCUGAGGUGUCCGGGGCGUGGUUUGUCCCAGCCAGUUUCGCACAAUGGAGGGUUCCGGUUACUUUGCAGCGAAAGCCCGUCUGUCUGCUUAGUUUACAUAACGUGGCUUUGGCUCUGCGGCUCAACGUGCUGCAUUUGUUUGUUUAGCAGUUUUUUUUUUUUGCGUGUGUGGGAAUAAAAGCGGGCAGGCGUAUGCGCAGCCUUCAUAAUGCACCCGAUGCCUGUGUGCUCCGUUACCGGCGGGGACAUAUUUGACUGUAUACAGAGAGGAAAUGUUGAACAGUGUGAACAAUUCCUGCAAAAUGAUCGAUCAGUCCUCAAGCAUAAAGGCUGGGGUGGUUUCACGCCCCUCCACUACGCCGCCCUCCAUGGCAACCGCAUCCUGGUCGAGCUUUUCCUUAGUAACGGUGCUGAUCCUAACCUGACGUGUGGUUCAGGACAGACUGCCUUUCAUUUUGCCUGCAGGCAAGGGAACAUCUAUGUCAUCCAUCAAAUGAUGCAGUAUGGAGCUGAUCUGCGCCUCAUAGACCUUCAAGGAAAAACGUCAUUGCAUCAUGCAGUCACCGGUGGCAACAUUGUGGCCGUGCACUAUUUGUGGGAGACGGGAAUGUUCCGGUUCUCAGACUCAGACAUGUACCAGGUGACACCACUUCACUUGGCUGCAUCCACAGGCAACACAGAGAUGGUUCGUUAUCUGCUCAGAGGCCAGAGAUGCACCGUGCAUGCAGUUGACCAGCAGGGGGCGACAGCGCUUCACGUCGCAGCAGAGAGGGGCGGAGUGGAGGUGUGCUGGACGCUGCUGCAGAAAACAGGGUGCAGGAUGCUUCAUCUAAAGAACCACAGCGGCCUCACGCCACUGGAUCUCAGCAAACAGGGGAAAACAUUCAGACAUCAGCAACUCACCAAACUACUGAGUCGGUACAUCAAUGAGCCGAUACACCACAUGCCCAGAGAGUCUCACGUUUUAUACCACUGGUCGCUGUUCUUUCCGACUCUGAGUGGAGCUGCCAUCCUGCUCAUAGCAGCCAUGUUGGAAGGUUAUGGUGGACUAAUCUGUCUCCUCCUCUUCCCCUGGCUGGCCAGAAGCAUCUUCACACAAUACCACCGCAUGGUCACGUACCAAAGGUCACCCAACCCAAUCUACUUGGGAACCCUCAUGGCUGGCUUGUUUCACUCCUUGUUGUGCUUCUAUGGAAAAAUAAUGCUUAGUGUGUGGCCAGCUGGCGCUCUGGUCCAAGUGUCCAUGUUCCACUUCUCUCUAGUCCUCGGUUUGUUCUGUAAAGUUCUGACUCAGGAUCCUGGGACGCUGGACAGAGCAGAUGCAGAUCCGCGGUUCUCCUGCAUCGCUGACCUGGUGGAGAACAACCAGAGCUCUCACAAGUUCUGUCCAUACUGUGAGCUGUUUCAACCUGACUACGCUAAACACUGCAAGCUGUGUGACAUGUGCAUCAGAGAGUAUGACCAUCACUGCCUUUUCCUCAACCGGUGCGUUGGCCGGGGAAACCACCGCCUCUUCCUCAUCUUCAUCCUCUCCAUGGCGGUUGCCCACCUCCUUUUUGUUGCCUCUGCAGCAGGUUACCUGUACGACAAGAAGUCCGCCGGCGGCCACAGCUUGUCUCAGUGGCUCACGCUGCUGGGGGAGGAGUAUUGGGUUGCGGUCAUGGUUGUCAUGAAUGCACUGACAUUCCUGUGGGAGCUGUGGCUACUGAUUGAGCAGUUUGAUGCCAUCACCACGGGAACGACCACCUACUUCAGACAAUGUGAAAGGUCACCACAUCGGAGGUCACUAGUGCAGCGCUGGGUUAUAGUGCUGUCAUUCCUGCUGGAGGGCCAGAGACGGGUGGGCUGUGGACCGACGAGAGUGGACAAAGCUGCCAUCGAAAUUUAAGACUGCUGAUUUGUCCUGGAUGUUUCAUCAUCACUGACUCAAAUAUCCAGCUGAGUCUGCAGCCUUUGGUGUGGGAUAAUAAGUGGCUUUUUAUUUCCAUAGAACAUGUUACUUGAAUGUGAGAUUCGGUUUAAUGGUUUUCUCUUUGGUUAUAUAGUAGCCUUUAGAGUUGUCAUUUAGUCUGUCAUCGAGUUUUUAGAGACCUCACCAAGCUCUGUGUCUUAUUUAAUUGGUUGCUUUACAGUGUGCUGUAUCAGCUAUUUACUGUUACCACCGUAUCAGCUCACUCCUUUGAAAGCCGCUGAUAGUGUCAUUUAUAAAGCGUUAGGACAGAGUUAUCACUGUUAAUGUUCUGAUAGCAUUAGCAGGUCCUGUCAUUAGCUGAUAAUGGUAAAUAGCAGGUGCGCUGGACCUGUAUAAUGCUAUUACCUCUCCAACCUGUCAUCCGUGCCAUGACUCCCUCCUCUGCUCACACUGAUGGGACAUGCUCUUUUCAUGUCUUCAAUUACACACCCUCAUUUCCUUUGUCCCUCAGGAGCACGUCUCUAGAUUAUAGAUGACGUCCUCCACACCCUUUAGAGGCUGGCAAGUCUGGACUAUGUCGUGGGAUAUGAUUUAGUGGCUACUGCCCAGCCUGUUAGGCACAAUUUCUCUGUUCCCUGGUCAGUGUUUUUAUAUUUAACUGAUUGUCAUUGCUGAUAUUACACUAUAUUUUAAAUGUGUCAGUGUUAUCUGUGGUUUAUUUUGUUUUUGUUUUUUUUAAGAUGACACCUUAUUUGUGCCACGCUGUUUUAUAUGCUAUAAGAAGAAUAUGUUUAAUAAAAAAAAGUGUCAUGUCACUGUGUA